AUGGACUCUACAGGGUCCUUCGAGCUGAUGGUGCACCACCAAGGCACUCCGCACAGCUUCCAACUCCAACCCACCGCAACACUACAAGACCUCGGCUGCGAAAUCGAAGCAACACUCAAUAUCCCAAUCUCAAAUCAAAAGCUACUCAUAUCCCCAAAGCCAGGAAUGAAGAAAGCUCCCUACCCACCAACACCACUCAGCGAGCUCCCUCUCUCCUCUCCCAGAUUCAAAAUCACCCUCCUCGGUACCCCAGCCCAAGAUAUUGCCGAUCUCCACAAGCAAUCCUCAGAUUUCAAAAAACGCGAAAACGCUCGCAUCGCCGCCCAAGCAGACGCUCGCCUAGCCAAACGAACAAGCUCACGCCGUAACGCCAACGGCGGCGUCCACACCCUCUCCUCCUCAAGCAAUAACUACACCUUCGCCCGCUGCGUCCCACUCCCCUACCUCCCAAACCCAGACCGCUCUCUCCAUUUCCUCGAGCGUCUUCGCGAUGACCCCGGUAUUCGCGCAGCGAUGGCAAAGCACAAAUUCUCCGUGCCUCUUCUUACGGAAAUGAACCCGGCAGAGCAUACAACAAGCGAAUCGCGCACCCUCGGCCUGAACAGGAAUAAAGGCGAGGUUAUCGAGCUUCGUUUGCGCACAGAUGCAUAUGAUGGGUAUCGUGAUUAUAGAACUAUUCGCAAAACGCUCUGCCAUGAGCUGGCGCAUUGUGUAUUUGGGCCUCACGAUCGGGAUUUCUGGGAUUUGACCUCGCAGAUUGAGAAGGAGGUUGAGAGGGCGGAUUGGAAGUCGGGUGGAAAUCGAUUAACGCAGAAUGAGUUUUAUAAUCCUGGAGAUUGGGAGAGGUCGCAAAGUGGGGAGGAGUUUGUUGAUGAGUGUGGGUGGACUGGGGGUGAGUUUGUACUUGGGGGGACAAGAGAUGGGGGUUCGAGUUCGACUUAUGGAUCUGGAUCUGGAUCUAUGGGGUCUGGAGUGGAGCCGAGGAGAGAGACUCUUGCACGCGCGGUUGAAGAAAGGAUGAAGAAGAAGGGGAAUACCGAGAAGCAGGACGACACGGAGAAGCAGAAUGAUUCGCGGUGA